AUGCAUUUGCGCCGUCACCGGCAUCUCCUUGAUGUUCUCCCUUGUGUGCAGGUGAUAGCGCAGGUGAUAUUAAGGAACGAUACAAGAUAUAGAAUGGCUGCCGCCUACCUCAAAGGGCAGGUGGCUCCAGCCCCUGACGAGGAUAGCUUUGGGUUGGAUGAACACCUGCGGAAGGCGGCGACUGCGAGUUCUGAUGAGCAAGCAGCGCAGGAGGAUUCGAGGGAAGAGUCAGCUGAGCAGCAGCUGCAUGGAUCAGAUGACCCUGUGCCCCUGGCAUCGCCCGAGACCACUGGGCAGGCGGGGCGAUUGCCCAGGCGCCCGCAAGUGUUGUUUCUUCUAAGACUGGUGAAAUCUGUUUGUCAAUACCUGUAUACGCGGGAGACGCAUGUGGCAAAUCAAAUUUGCUAUAUCGGCAUGACCGUUUUCUCCGCAAUCCAAAUAGAUAACAUGAGGGUACAGAGUGUUGUCAUUGACGACACUCUGUGGGUUGGUGUCAUACUACGGACUGUUCCUUGGCGCCAAGUUGAUGUACGGGGCUUAAUUUCAUUACAGCGGGGCGUGUCGUUGCAGAGCAAAAUACCCAAGAAAUAA